CAUUUAUUUAAUUUUAUUUUAAACAAGCAGGCAUUUUAUUUAAAAUUGUUUACAGAUGUGAACUGUUCAAGGCCCACAAAUGUUAAUAAUAAAAAAUGACAAUAAAUGUUAUGUUGUGCAUUUAUUCCCCCGCAACUGUACCGAAACUGAACCGAAUCGUGACUUAAAAACCGAGAUACAUACCGAGUUGUGUGUACCGUUACACCCCUAAUACAUACUGUGUGUGUGUGUGUGUGUGUGUGUGUGUGUGUGUGUGAUUAAUCCGUGUUCGGCUGCUCAGGUCUGCAGUGUGUGACAAACUCCAAAACAUUCGAGUCUGGCAGCUGAGAGUCGGUGGUGAAGAUAAGGAGAAGGAAACCCGUGGAUGAAGCGGAACUCGUUCCCCGGUUAAGAGAAGCGGGGGCUCCGCCGACACGCGGCACCGCGAUGCCCCGGGACUGAGUGCGGUUCCUCUGAUCGCUGACGUGCGUGACAUUCGUGCGCGCGCGCGUGUGAGUGAGUGUGUGUGCGCGUGUUCUGACAUGCGGGAGACGGCGGCGAGCUCCUUCCUCUCUCCAGCCGCGCAGGACAAAGAUGGCAGCAGCAGCAGCAGCAGUGCCCGCAGACGGUCCGCGCUCUGACUGCUGCUAGCCAACCCCCCCGAGUGUGUACGAUGUCUGGAGGAACACUGGAGCUCACCGACUCUCACUCCACGUGAAGGUAUGGCCUCACAAGUCUUGGUCUACCCACCACAUGUUUAUCAAACUCAGACAAGUGCCUUUUGCAGUGUGAAGAAACUCAAAGUUGAACCCAACAACUGUGUUUACCAUGAGAGGGCCUUCUCACUGACUUUUUUGAAUGGUAAAACCCUUGGCAUUGGACAGCCAACAAAAUUUGUACCGACGUACAAGACACGGGACUUUGCCGGGUGCAGACGGCGUGGGGAUUUUCCAGUACAGACUGUCGCUGUACAAGGUGUACAACGACGACCAGCCUGUGCAGCAGCACAUCACCAGGAAAGAGGUGUCCCGUUACAGGGCAAAGAGCCGAAACAUCUGGAAAAAUCCAGGAGCAGCAGUGGAGCUACAGGGAUAUCUGGAGGGCUCAAGGGCGAGCACAAAGGGAGUGGUGGGGGAGAAGGAGUUGCCGGUGGAGGGGACGACGAGGACAAGGGGGAAGACGACUGUAGUUCUGACUUGGCAGGUGGUUCCCAGCGAUGUGGUUUGAAACGUAAGAGCGAGGAGCUGGAGAACCAGGGAAACGCCAUGCAGAUAGUGGAGGACCUGUCAAUGUUGCCUGCAAUGUUGCAAACAAACGUAGGGAAUCCACCAGUUGGGGUCCCGGCAGCUGUAGCAGCGGGGCCGGUAAAGCAAGGAGGUGGAACUGGCAGCGGGGACGGUGAUUACCAGCUGGUACAACAUGAGGUGCUUUGUUCAAUGAAGAACACCUAUGAGGUGCUGGACUUCCUUGGCCGUGGUACCUUUGGUCAGGUAGUCAAAUGCUGGAAACGAGGCACCAGCGAGGUGGUGGCGGUAAAGAUCCUGAAAAAUCACCCGUCCUAUGCGCGGCAGGGCCAGAUCGAGGUUGGGAUCUUGGCCCGGCUGAGCGGAGAGAACGCGGAAGAGCAUAACCUGGUGCGGGCUUUCGAGUGCUUCCAGCACCGUAACCAUACCUGCCUUGUGUUUGAGAUGCUUGAGCAGAACCUAUAUGAUUUCCUCAAGCAGAACAAAUUCAGCCCGCUGCCUCUAAAAAUAAUACGGCCCAUUCUUCAGCAGGUUGCUACUGCGCUGAGGAAGUUAAAGGCCAUGGGUCUGAUCCAUGCUGAUCUGAAACCUGAGAACAUUAUGCUUGUGGAUCCGGUCCGGCAGCCGUACCGGGUAAAAGUCAUAGACUUCGGUUCCGCCAGCCACGUGUCCAAAGCCGUUUGUUCUACGUACCUUCAGUCACGGUACUACAGAGCUCCGGAGAUCAUCCUGGGCCUGCCGUUUGGUGAAGCCAUAGACAUGUGGUCAUUGGGCUGUGUAAUAGCGGAGCUGUUUCUGGGAUGGCCCUUGUACCCCGGGGCCCUGGAGUACGACCAGAUCCGCUACAUCUCUCAGACGCAGGGUUUACCCUCAGACAACCUGCUGAACCUGGGGACGAAGACGUCUCGCUUUUUCUGCAGAGAGUCUGAAACCCUUUAUGCAGCAUGGAGACUGAAGUCCACAGAGGAACAUGAGGCAGAAACUGGGAUGAAGUCGAAGGAAGCCAGAAAGUAUAUUUUCAGCUGUUUGGAUGAUAUUGUGCAUGUGAAUUUAGUGAUGAAUCUGGAAGGUGGUGACCUGUUGGCAGAGAAGGUGGAUCGUGGAGAGUUUGUGCUCCUGCUGAAGAAGAUGUUAUGGAUCGAUGCGGAGAAGAGAAUCGUCCCUGGUGAAGUCCUCAACCAUCCCUUCGUCACCAUGCAGCACCUUCUCGACUUUCCUCACAGCAAUCAUGUGAAGUCAUGUUUCCACGUCAUGGAUGUGUGUAGGCCACGCCCCGGAGUCUACGACACAGCCAAUCGCAACAAAGCUUCAUUUACCAGACCACACACAAACUCAGCACCAAACAUCACCGUACCCUACAGCAAGAUGCACACACAGCCUUUAGCUCCACCUGCUCCCUCCGUCGUUCAUCCCGCGAUCCCGCUACAAACAGCAGGUGCUCCGUUUGGGGACUCGUUUCAGCAAGCGCUCAUCAUCUGCCCUCCGACCCUACAAGGUUUACCGCCCAACCCCAACAAGCCGGCUGGUUACUCGGUGCGGAUGGAGAGCGCGGUCCCGCUGGUGACCCAGGCUCCUGCCAUCCAGCCUCUACAGAUCAGACCAGGUGUCAUCACACAGCAGGCCUGGUCCAAUCGGCCGCAGCAGAUCCUGGUACCCACCUGGCAGCAGGUGACUCCGGUGGGGUCCGAUUCUGUGGCAGGACCACAGAGGCUGGCAGACUGGGGGAAAGUCCGGCCUCACGGGAACCACUACAGCUCCAUCCUGCCCCACCCCCAAACUCUGUUAGCCAAUCACAUGACAGCGAUGUCCGCUCACCAGCCAAUCAGCAUCGGGAUCGCUCACGUGGUGUGGCCGCAGCCGGCAGCCAACAAGAGGAACAAACCCUGCAUGAACAGGAUGAACUUCUCACACAACACCAACACACACUACUCGGUGUGCCAUUCCCCAAAGACCAACAACGGCCACAAGCGCACACAGGAAGUGGAGUGUCGGCGUCCUAAAUCGAGGGAUUGCGUGGUGGAGGCGGAGUCAAGGGUGGAGUCGCAGGAGGAGUUACAGGAGGAGGAGGAGCCUGCAUGCUGUAAGGUGGAGGUAGAAACACGGUCGAACGCACUGGGCGUGUCUGAGAAACAGAGGCAGACCGUGACGGCCGACACACCGAGUCCUGCAGGCAGCGUGAUCAGCAUCAGCAGUGACGAAGACGAGGAUGAAGACACGGAGGAGGAGGAGGCGGGAGAGCAGAGGCACUCCGUCGAGUGUAAAGGAAGUCCGGAGUGUGAGGCGUGUCGGAGUACACUGAAUAUGGAGCGUGUGUGUUCUCUCAGCAGUCCCGACUCCAGCCUCAGUACAAGCUCAUCAGCAUCAGUGCAGUCCAGCACCUCACCCUGCAAGAGAUCCAACAGCAUGUCCGAGGACGAGCGAGAGAGCGGGUGUGAUACGGUAGACGGCUCUCCUGCCUCCGACUCCUCCGGACAAGCGGACAGUCCGUUCCUGGAAAGCCGCUACAUCACUGAAGGUAAUCAGAACUGCGAAAGCCGCGUGGACGCCGAGACGGAGAUUAGCAAAGCGCCUGUACGGACCAUGGUGGUGCCUCCUAUGAGGGUGCAGAACAACAACAACAACGAACCGGCAGCCAGGACGGUCCUCGAGCCAUCGUGCCAGUCGAAAGGUCGCGUCGGUGGCGUCAGACAUCCACAUCACUCCAGCUCGCUCCUGAACCGGCCGCCGAAACUCAUCCCUCCAUCCCAGCAGUCUCAGCCUCCACCUCCACCUUUUGGGCAGCUCCAGCAUCCCGCAUCCUCGCACUCAGAAUGGAACGUCAACUACAGCCACCGACGCCCUCAGGCUUUCAUCCCCCCCACGGUGCAUGGCCACGCCUUUACCCUCCCACAUGGCAGCCCCACCCACUCCUCAGCCCACCCCCCUGCUCCACCCCUGGGCAUCGUCCACCCCCACGCACAACCCACUUUGAUCUCUUACCCGCCCUCGGCUCCUUUGGUUCCGACCGGCCCCAUGUCGCACCUCCUGCCCUCGCCUGGUACUACAAGGAGUCACGUGCUCCUCCCAGCCAGGCACCUGGUGCACCAGGUGAGCGUGGGCAUCAGCGCCCGCCUCCUUCCCUCACCCACGCUCCACCCUCAGGGCCAAUUCAAACCUCUCUUCCCUUCGCACUCGUACAUCGCCUCUCCUGCCUACGCAGGUUUCCCCCUCAGCCCCACCAAACUUAGCCAGUACUCCUACAUCUGAAGCUAGCCUGAGUACCUCCUGAGUACCCCCACACACACACACACACAUACACCAAUAACCCACCCCCAACCCCACGUUUCCCAUCAGGGAGGGUUUUUUACAGGAACCAUCGAUCAUCCAGAUGUUCAUGCCCCAAGCCAUGGCACAAACAGGAACUCGAGCUGUUUUUUUGUUUUUCUCAGAACCACAUCAACUCGGGUGCAAUCGAACCUUCAAUCGAGCUUUAAAAAGAAAUUAAAUAUAUACACGAAUGUCUCGAAGGUUUUCCGCAAGUUGAUAAAGAACGCAAAGAGGAAAUGAAGCAAGUAUGGAUGGAUAAAAAAAAAAAAAAGACGAUGUGUUUUUUUUGCACAUUUUCUACAAGAUUUUCAAAUGAAGCUCUUCUCCAAACUGGUGAAAGGAGGGGGGGGGGGUACAGGAAAAAACCCAUCACGUGAUUGUGCAUCUCCUCCUCGUUCCCUUUCAGAUCUAUUUUUCUAUAUUGCCUUCUGAAUCGUGCGAGACACAUUUGUAAAACCGUCUCAGUUUCCCCGUGUCGAGCCGCCCAGUCCAAACACACACACCCCACCCCACCCCACCCCACCCCACCCCACUCGCGCCAUUACCAAAAACCCCGCACAUAAACGUCGGCAUCCACGUGAUGUCCUGCCUUUUUUUCAAAAGUAUUUCUACCGCCGUGGUUUCGGUGUCGAGUCACGCCAUCGGAUUAGAACCUAGUGCUCGUUCUCUUCACGCUGCAUGUGUUCUUGCAUGAGCUGCAAAACGUCAAUCAGCGUCGGAUCGACGUCGCUCUGAAACGUUCCCGUCGUGACACCGCUGCAUUGUUUCAACACGUCCUCAGCCAUAGUGCCUUAAAUAUUCGAGGUUGUUCAUGUUACUACUUAUAUAAAUCUCUCUCUAUAUAGAAAUAUAAACAUAAAUACAUUAUAUAUAUAUAUCGAUGUAUCGGACUGCAGCACUUGAAAUUCAGAAGGGUCCGUGCAUUCUGCAAGCGUGUGUGUGUGUGUGUGUGUGUGUGUGUGUGUGUGUGUGUGUGUGUGUGUUAACCCACAGGUGUAUGCAUUUCAUACCUGAUUUGGCAUGGAGGUAUUUCAUUGCACAAAAAAAUGUUUAACCUGUAGUCUUUUUUUUCACGUUUUUUCGAGGACGGCAUGCGUUUGCUGUAUCUUUAUAAAAAAGAUUAUAAUAAUAAUAAUAACUUUUCCCGACAAAGGAUCGUAAAGAAAAACGAGCAUUGAAUAUCCCAUGUAUUAAUGUUUCAUACCCGGGAAAAAGAAAGAAAUCUAAAUAAUUACUAACAGUGUUCUGUACUGUUGAACGAAAGCGCAAUAGAAUCGGAAAACGUCGAUUCUCUGAAAUCGUCCGUGCGUUUUUUCUGUUUGAUCUGUUUGGUUUUUCGUAUUCUAGAUGUGUAGAAAUGUGGUGGGCAUGAUUUUUCUUUUCCACUUUUUUUUGUUUGUUUUUUUUUGUUUUCCGACUAGAUGACAAAUAGAAAUGCAAGUAGAGUCUCCGAUUUGUGGUUUUGGAUUCAUCGUAGCCUGACAGCCCAGAACCAUGCAGUAUUUGGGAUUAUAAUCGAAUAUAUAUAUACGGUAUAUCUCUAAUAGAGCUAGUCUACUUAGUGCUGAAGCUUGACCAGGUGUGACUUUCUAAUCUUGUGCAAUCUUUCUCAUUUAUGCAUGUGUGAAACGUGUUUAAGUUCUAUUAUUAUGUACUUUGUUAGGGAAGAAAAGAAAGAAAAAAAACCCCCGUGCUUACUUACCGGUGUCGACUGCUUAUUUUAUACAUUCCGUCAGGGAGAUAAAGACGUAUAACGACUUCGUGCUGAUUUUUUUUUUUUCGGUUUUGUUUUCUUUCUUGGUAAAUGUGUGGGUUUUUUUUCUUUUUAAUAUAUAAAUGUUGCUUGUGCAGCACCAAAGACUGUAAUUUCGUAAUUUUUUUUUUCUAAGCAAGGUAGCUAUUCUCUCUCUCUGUGUCCCUGCAUAGACCUCAUGUAUACUGUAGGAAUUAAUUCUAGUCCUGGGGUUUUAAGUUUUAAGAAGUAAACAGAAAUGUUUUUGAUUUACGGCGUAGGUUUAACGUUUAUAGGUUUUAGCCUUUUUUUUUUUUCUUUUCUCGAGCAAGUAAUAAGACGUAUCAUCUAUCUUGAAUGUAUCCUAGAUAAGCUGCUAUAUAAUUAUUGCCACUUCAGAUAGCUGUGAAAUUAGACUUUUUUUUUUCUCCUCUUUAUAUCUGCAUUUGUAUCAAUUUUUUUUUUUUUGUAUAAUUCUCUCUUCUUACCUGAGAUUGUGUACUAGAAGUGUAUUUGGGUUGAUUAUUUUUUUGUGUUGUUGCUUUAAUGUUUGGAGUGUAAAUUGAACUGCUGUAUUGCUGUUGGAGAUUAGUUUCAGUUUGUUGAAGCUCUGUUUUUGUUUUGUUUUUAUCAGUAUUUUAACUUUUCAUUGAUUGUUCCUGCCUUUUUUUUUUUUUCCCUAUUUUUCUAUUACGCGUUGACCGGAGACAUGGUUUGCAGAACGGAAGUUGUUCUCUAACGAUCACAAAUUCAGAGAAUCGGUUUUAUGAAAUGAUUUCCUUUAGCCCGAGAUGUCGAGGAACACUUGAAGCCCCAUAACCCUGAUUUCUUUAUUAUUUUAUUAAAUUUUUUACAUUUAAUUCCCAGAGGUAACAUUUUUCUAUAAAGCUGAUAUUGCUAAACAUUUAUAACUGUGAUUAUAAUACUCUAAUUGGUAGCAUUAGAAUUUAUUUUAAAUAAUUAUAAAAUAUAAACUAUUAUAAUAUGCUACUUAUCAUUUAUCAUCGAUUCAGAAAAUUGAUUUACAAAAUUAAACAAACUUAAAAACUUAAUAUUUCAGUAAUAUUUUAAGUUGUUUGAGUACAAAUGAAUUUCAACAUUUUAAUUAUUUAUCUAUUAAGACUCUUAUGCACAGAGUGAACUUUAUAUUCCAAUUAAAUUAAUUAAUUAAUACAUUAAUUAAUGGUCAUGUCUUGAAAUGAAUUAAGAUUUUCUGGAUACAUCAAUUAGAUUUCUAUGGAAUGAAAUUCCACAGAUAUUCACAAGUCAUAAUUUAUAGCACUGUACAGAAGCUUAGUCAUGAAAACAAGUAAAAAAAAAAAAAAAGAAAGUUAUAGUAAGUUAUAAAAACACCAUUUAAUUUCUAGAAAUAAAUCCAUUUUCCCGACACACAGUUAUAUUUCCUUUUAGAGUAAUAAACCCACUCAUAUUAGUUUUUCUGUAAGAAUUUUGUAGCUUAAUAAUAAUUAUUAUUAUUAUUCUGAUCAGCACAGUUAUAUAGAUUUAGGAAUAUGGGCUUUUAAAUACACUAUAUGUACAAAUGUUUGUGGACACCACACUGGUUUGUGCUUCUUAUUAAACAUCCCAGUCCACAUUUACUCUCCAUUUGAUUCAUUCAGCCACAAAUUCAUCCCAAAGGUGUUGAAUAGGUUUGAGGGUCAGAGCUCUGUAGCAGGAGAUCUUCCACUUCAACCCAUGGAAAGCAGAUCUUUAUGGAGCUGGCUUUGUGCACAGGAGAAUUGUCACGCUGGAGACAGCAUCCAGAGUCGUUCCAAUUCCGUGACUCCAAUUCUGUGCUAACAGUUUGGGGAAGAACCGCAUGUGGCAGGAGAAGCAGAGUGUCCCAAUACUUUUGUACGUUUAGUGGUGGUGUUGUUUUUCCUCACAAUCUCAGAGAAAUGAGAAAGCGUAAAGAUGGAGCGUAAAGAUGAACACGUGUUUCUAUCGUAUCGAACGUCUCACAAAACCGCGUGAAGGACUGUGUGUGUGUGUGUGUGUGUGUGUGUGUGUGUGUGUGUGUGUGUGUGUGUGUGCCUUUAUUGGGGUUGUUGGAGAAAACAAAACAAAAAAAACAGAAAUGUCAGAUCAACUUCCUGUUCCAGGGAUCAGAAUUUUGACCUUUUUAUUUAUAAAAAAAAAAAUAUAAUUAUUAAUGAAUAUGUGUAUUCAAAAAUAAUAAUAAUAAUAAAUUCCCUUUUAUUGACAGUAAUUUGGCUUUUUUGAGCUCCACUAAACAUUUUCCUAAUCAUUAAUGCACAUGCAGGACAAUUUCAUUCCCAAUUUUGGUUAAAAGUAAAUAAUAAAAUAAAUAAGUAUAGAGUUUGAUUUGGACCGGUGUGAAACGGCCUUCACCAGCAAAUCUGUCUCCGUCUGUCCUGAUCAAGUGAGAAAUGAUGACUGUACGCUUAUUUCCAUAAUUUAUUCCCUAAUCGAUCUACUGAAAGAGUUUUUAAUCAUAUACACAUCGUUGCUGUUCUUAUAAUUUUCUUUUUUUUCCUCCUAAUCAGAUUAAGACUUUACUUUUAAUCACUAUUGCUAUUAUUAUUGUUAUUAUUAUUAUAUUCUUACUAAUAAUAUGUUGAAACUUUGCUAUUGUAUAUGUUUGUUUUUGAAACCUACUCAUGUAAUUCAGGGUGUUUGUACUAACCUGCUGUUGCUACUGUAUUAUCCUGAAAUCACCUCUCAGUAUGGAAGCUUGUAAAAGUCCUAAUGCCUUUUUUUUUUAUUUUUUGGAUUUUUUCUGAGAUAUUUAAAGUUACAGCAUGUUUUUGUUUUUGUUUUUUUCACCCCUGUGAUGAAUUAGGAGCAGUUACUCGCUGUGUCGUUUCUGUGGCUUUUGUUUCGUUUGUUUUCUUGUUUCGUUCGAUGCUACACUAGUUUUUUUUUUUUGCCAUGUAGCAAUUGCACUGUGCAAUAUUUAAGCGUAUAAUGAUGGGGGGAGGAGGAGGAGGAGGAGGGGAAAAACGAAAUCAAACUAGCAUCGAUUUCGGACGUGGCGUCUUUAGCGUUUCUGCGAUAGCGUGUAUCCUCUGUAGUUCUCAGUGACUUGGACGUGACGGGGCUCGGUCACAUUAAUCGGGUUUUCCAGGCGACUCUUUUUCGGUGAGUGUCAUAAUAAAGAGUUUAUGGUGUAUUGUCAAGAUUCACUUUGAAUAAAAAAAACAAUCUAUUGCUGCA